AUGUCAUUAUGUCGUGGUCGUCCUCACAUCUAUGCCAACCAGGGGGCUCAGCAGGAGGCUCGACGUAAGCGCAGACGCACUCAGUAUCAGCUCAAACGGGAUCUCCAGGAAGGUCAGAUCCUGCAGCGAUAUUAUCAUCAGUUCAUUGACCAGAAUCCUUGGGAACAGCCUUUGGAUGUGUCCCCACCAUUGCUCCAGCAGAGGACCGAUGUCUCUGUGGUUCAAAAGCAGGCUCUCCCCAUGCAGAAUGAACCUGGGAACAAUGAACCUGGAAACUCUUCAUCUUUCUCACCCUCAUCACCUGGUGGCCUCCACCCGCCCCCUCAGUCUCCCACACCAGCAUCCACGGUGAGCCAUUACGCCCUUGCAGAUGAUAACAGGUGGUUCGAUAUGGAUGGUCCAUCUGCAGAUGUGGAUUCAUUUGAUGAUGUGGAAGAUAGAAGCCAAUCCAGCUACAGGAUGACCCCAGAGGCCAUCCAUCAUGUAGAGCACAGGAGAUCAAGCACAGCUCCUCUCUCACCAACUGCUGAGGCCUUAUCACCCCUCUCAUCACCACCCUCUGCGGCGGCACCACCACCCCAGGCUCCAGUGUCCAUUCUUGCCCAAGGGCUUGCCGAGCAGCUGCAGCAGCACCAUGGCUGUCUGGGGGACAGCCACUGGGAGUAUCCCUUCGACAUGCGGCCUGUUGACCAUCCAUCCCCGCCUGGGACCCCCUUCCCCUCCAAGGCGACACCAUCCCGGCCCAUCCACUCUGUGCGCCUGAGUGAGAUCAUCCAGUGGGCCUGCCCGGAUAUCCUGUCGCGGCCACAGAUAGCUCAAUUUGGGGAGCCCUGGGAUGAACAGCUCCCCCCACUGCAGAGGCAGAAGAUCUUCAGUGGGCUGGAUGUCAGGGAUGACUCCACCCCUCCAGAACCACCCACCGUGGACAUCGCCUCGGAGGACGUCCCCGACGGGCCACUGAUGCCAUCCAUGGAUAUCGACAGCGUGGGGGGAUUCGCCUCCAGCCUCGCUGUGGCCCGGGCGGGCAUUCACUGGCUGGCAGCUAGGCCCCCUGUGUCCUCCCUCCAGGCAGGGCUGCAUCUCUCUCCAAUCCCCGUGACAUGGGAGCCCUCGUCAGAGGCCUCAUGCCCCCGGCGCAGCCAGAGACCGAUCCACCAGAUCCCACAUCUUCCCCCGGGCCGGCUGGCAGCAGUGCACCUCGCGUCCAGCUUUUUCGGCACUUUCUCCCCCCAGAGGGUCUGGCCCCACUAUGGCAGGCCAUCCAGACGCGUAUCCAACAACCUACACUGCUUCAGUUCCAGGGUGUAA